UUUGUACCUGCCCCUAUAUAUGAACUCUUGCGCCGUCUUCGUCCCCGUCUCCGCGCGCGGAACAUCGUUCGACUUGACAUGGCCGACCGAGGAUACUCCACCUUGACAAAGGUAGGCUUGGGCGCCCUGGCCUUCAACUCGGCGCUGGCCAUCUACAAGUCCUGGGGCGCCGACGCGACCGCCGUGGGGUUCGUGCUCGCCGCCGACGUCGCGCUGUGGCUGCUCUUCCUCUGCCUCCGUCAGUUCGAGCAGCGCGGCGGCACGGGCAGGGAUACUACCAAGAUCAGAGCCGCGGUGUGGGCGCUCACGACGCUCCUCACGGCCAUGUUCGCGUCCAGAGUGGCGCCGCUCAUGCCGACGCCGGUGGGCGCCGCCGUCUGGGUCAUGGCCGUCGCCACGGCCGCAGGAGGCUUCUGGGCGUUUUUUCUCAAUUGAUUGUUGUUGAUCGAUCAUUCAGCCAUAGUCGAGACACUGUUACUGCUGUCGGAUGUGCUCAUUAUUUACCUUCUUCCUUUCUUCUGCAAUGUAAUUGUAUUUGUAU